UAUCAACAUUGUUUCUCGAGAUCGAGAGAGAGAGAUAGGGGUAAAAAUUUCGCUGAUAACUUAGAUCACAAGCAUUUAACUACGAAUGGGUGCUGAAUUAGGAAGAGAAGCAGUCGAAGAAAGCGAACAUUCGUCACCACCACCACCGCAGCUACACAACCAAACCUCGUAUUCGUCACCGCCUCGAUCACCACCGCAACCGCGCAACGAAAACUCAAGGAACAGCACCGGAGCAAAUCCUGUAUUCAUCAGAGAGCAGUCGCCUUCCUUCAUCAACCAUGGUAACAUUGGCUUUCAGAACAACACAACCAAUGGAACUAUCAAAGCUCAGAACUAUGGAACCAUGAAUUUCGCCAGUCCUAAUUAGCCUGAAUAAUUUGUGCCGCUGCUUCCGGGGAGGACAUGGCGGAAUCAAACCCUACAGUCAACGAGGAACCGGUGUUCAAAACUGUACAGGAGCUGAUUGCAGGGGGCGAACAACUUUCGGAGCUCGAAAGAUACGUGCAUAGAGGCAGUGACGGUGGAUUUCUAGAUGUUUCUCAGCCAGAGAUGGUGACUCCACUCAUCGAUCUUGGUCGUCUUUCGUCGUCUUCGCCUGCUGCCGGAGAAGAGCUUGAGAAACUUCGGUCACUUCUCAGCACAUGGGGCUGUUUUCAGCUCAUCAAUCAUGGAAUGACAGCUGAAUUUCUGGACAAAGUGCGUGAAAUUACCAAACAAUUCUUUCAACUUCCACGAGAGGAGAAGCAGAAAUACUCGAGAGAAGCCGGCAGCAUUGAAGGUUAUGGAAGUGACGUGAUUAUCUCAGAGCAUCAGACACUUGAUUGGAUCGAUAGAUUGUAUCUUACUGUUCAUCCUGAAGAUCAUAGAAAACUCAAAUUCUGGCCUGGAAAACCUGAAAAUUUCAGGGAAAUUCUACAUGAUUAUAUUACAAAGUUAGCGCUGAUAGCCGAUGAGCUGUUGAAGGCCUUAGCAAAGUCACUGGACUUGGAAGAAAACUGCUUUUUAGGCCAGUAUAAUAGAGAGACUGCAAAACUGUAUGCAAGAUUUAACUACUAUCCUCCAUGUCCAAGGCCUGAUUUGGUUCUCGGUGUCAAGCCGCAUGAUGAUGCAUCAGCAAUCACCUUUCUGUUGCAGGACAAAGAGGUGGAAGGCCUUCAGUUCUUCAAGGAUGGACAAUGGUUCAGAGCUCCAAUUGUCCCUCAAGCAAUUCUGGUUAACCUGGGUGAUCAAGUAGAGAUAAUGAGUAACGGUGUGUUCAAGAGCCCGGUUCACAGAGUAGUGACGAACUCAGAAAAGGAUAGGAUUUCUCUGGCUGUGUUCUGCAUUCCAGAUUCAGACCAACAGAUUGAACCAGUGGAGAAACUAGUAAACGAGACAAGGCCAAGACUGUACAAGUCAGUGAAGAACUAUGUUGAUAUAUAUUUCCAGUACUACCAGCUGGGGAGGAGACCAAUAGAAGCAGCAAGAAUUUGAUUAACCUGAAACUACAAUAUUAUGGAUUACAAUAUAAAUAAAUAUCCGCACAAUUGUUACUUCGCUUGUCUUUGUUCCUUAGAUGUGGGAAAUGUUCUACUGAUGAAAUAUUUACCUGGGACAGAUUAAUGUCCUUGUCUUACAAAUGUACUUACAUCCAAUUCUGGGGUAA